AGCAGUAGCUGAUUGCCUUUUCCUAGCAUUACCCCCCACUAACAACUUCCCAUUUGGUUUCUAGGUUGUUUUCCUCCACUUCCCUGAGACCCCUCUUUCUCCUCAGCAUGUCCUUUCUUGGCAUCCUCUUGCUGGAAAGAUGGAAGCCCAGAUUCCUAUUUGACUUCUCAGCACAGCCAUCAGAGGAGCCAGGAGGGGACAGCGAGGGGGUGACUUCAGGGGCACAGCCUCACCUGCUCAGUGUCCCUGAGCUGUGCCACUGUCUGGCAGAGAGCUGGGUCACCUUCAGGCUGUACCUGCAGGAACUGCUACAGUACAAGAGGCAAAAUCCUGCUAAGUUCUGCAUGAGUGUCUGUUCAGGCUGCCUGAUUCUGGCUAUAGUUGGACACUAUGUUCCAGGCAUAAUGAUCUCCUACAUCAUUUUGCUCAGCAUUCUGCUCUGGCCGCUGGUGGUUUACCACGAGCUGAUCCAGAGGAUGUACACACGAUUGGAGCCUGUCCUGAUGAAACUGGACUACAGCAUGAAGGCAGAGACGCUACACCACAAGCACGAGAAGAAGAAGCGACAAGGGAAGACUGAGCCUGCAGCAGGUGAUGAGCCAACAGCGGAGACGGAGAGUGAGAGUGAGGCAGAGCUAUCUGGCUUCUCCCCAGUGGUGGAUGUGAAGAAGACGGCCCUGGCACUGUCGAUCACAGAUUCUGAGCUCUCUGAUGAGGAGGCUUCCAUCCUGGAGAGCGGGGGCUUUUCUGUUUCAAGGGCUACCACCCCACAGCUGACAGAUGUUUCUGAAGACCUGGAUCAGCAGAGCCUGCACAGUGAGCCAGAGGAGUCGUUUUCCAAGGACCUUGCAGAGUUCCCGUCCGUGGAAGAAUAUCAUUCCAGAGACCUGGGACCACAGAGCGAUGAGGAGGCCUUUGGUGUGCCUCUGGGUCCUGAACUUGCCCAUGCUGCCCGUGAGCUGGACUCAGCAGAGAAGGAGGCAGCGGACUCUGACCUCUCCAUCCUUCACCUAGCGUCUCCUCUCCAUUUUGUAAAUACGCACUUCAAUGGGAGCGGGCAAGCGGCAGGAGGCGACGCAGAGCCAAAGAUUGCCCCUGCUCCGGGUCUGGGCAUCUGCAUUGACACACUGAGCGAGGAGAUCGUCACCACUGCCAUUACCACGGCAGUGCAGAACACCCUCUCUGCCCUGCUGCGAUCCUCAGAGGCCAGCGAGGGGCCCUCCCUCUCCGAAUUCCUCCCCACUGAGCCCGAAGAGAAACUGAGUUUCCAAGCACAGCUGUCAGAGACCGAAGCAGUGGAGGCAGAGACAGCAGCUUCACCAGAGGACGAGGAGGAAGGAGAUGACUUUGAGCUACUGGAUCAGAGGGAGCUGGAACAAAUGGAUGUAGAGCUGGGGCUUGGAGAGGAGCAGGAAGCACAGGAAUCUCCUGCUGCUCUGGCUUCGGCUUCCCCCUCUGCCACACUGGCUGACCUGCCAAAGCAAGGAGAUGAGGAGGAGGCAGUGAUGACAGCAGCAUCUAUGUCUUAGGUCUUUGUGCGUCCCCUUUUUCUCCGUUGUCGUUGAAAAGAAGGAAUAACUCACGUGCAAACAUGCAGUGGGUUUUUAGAUAUUUAUGUUGACUGGGAUGGAAAAGUGUCAGUGUUAAUGUGCUGUGUCAGGAAUAACCAAUCCUUUCCCUCCUUCUAGAGCCCAGCCUUCACUGGCUGAGUGGGAGAAGCCCCUGCCCUGCAGCUGGGGAGGAGCCGGCUCAUAGAAGCCUUACACCACAACUGAAACACCAACCCCAGCAAAUGCUUCCUAGUAAUGGUGCAGUAUUUUGGUCUGUCUUCUGUUUGUCUUUCGUUUUGCACGCAGAGUACCGAGCUAGCUGUAGCUGCUGCUAAUACCCAAAUUCCCAGUAGGACAUAUGCAAUCUUAUUUUAUUGGGUUUUUAAAUGGCUGUAAAUGUAAAU